AUGUAUGCGAUGAUUUCUUCAAUCUUGAGUAAAUUUGGGGAUGUUCAUAAUACUGACAAAGUGAGAUCCCUCGAGAAAGAGCUUACCGAUGCUGUUAAUGCACUUAACCUACGGGCACACUCCCGCUUGAUACAGCGCUUCAAACAGCAAGAGGAAGAGUGGAAGCACCGACUUCACCAAUACUACUUGGACUUUCAUGCUUCCUUGUCUCUGGAAGCCAACAUUUACGAGGAGAUAGAGAUGCUGAAGGAGGAAAAUUCUCGACUGAGGACGCGCGAGAACAUUGUUGUGUCUCCGUGGUUCCUCGAAAAGUUUGACACGCUUGCUCUGGUCGAGUCUCAGAUAAAGGUUUGUACUGAACAUUUUAUCGCUGCCAUCGACCUCCUAGAGAAGAGGACCAAAGAGGCGGAGUUCUAUUCGAGGCAGGCUGCUGUCCUACAGAAACAUACUGGUGGACCACGAGAUUUCUUUACCCAUUCUCGAAGACGUCGAUCCGGAGGAUGA